CUGUUUUUCUACGUUUCAACCUAAUCACGCAUUAAGAUGUCCCAAGCUGUUGGAAAUACCGCACUUGCUUAUGCUCGAGCAUGGCACGUUGUAGAUGCGAAACAAAGAGUAUUGGGACGCUUAGCUACGAAUAUCGCAACAACCUUAAUGGGAAAGCAUAAACCGAUCUAUGAUCCUGCUUCUGAUUGUGGCGAUUAUGUGGUCGUCAUCAAUGCUAAAGAUAUCUUAGUGUCAGGAAAGAAAUAUGAUCAAAAAUUAUACCGACAUCACACCAUGUAUCCUGGCGGCUUAAAAGAGAUUACAUUUAAAGAUUUGCAAGCAAAAGAUCCUACAGAGCCUAUUCGUAAAGCAGUUUCUGGUAUGCUACCUAAAAACAGGCUCCGUAAAGUGCGCUUAGAACGAUUGAAGAUUUUUGAAGGAAAUGAUCAUCCAUAUAAAGAUAACAUCAUUGUACAGCAUGGUUUGGAGGAGAGCAGAAAAGUGUCUCAGCAAUAGAAACCAGAAAUGAUAUCCUUGAAUGUCACCAAAAGUUCAGUUGAAAAUUGAGUUAUUUCAUUCGCACAUACGGAUGUAUAUACUAAUUGCUGCUGGUAAUGGGAUGAAGUUAGACAGCGUUAUGGUAUAUUGAUUCGGUUCUCUGUUACCAAUGAAAUGCGUGCUUAAUUGAAGUUUCUUUUGAUGUAUAAUUUGAAGCUCUAAGGAUUCAUUUUGAGAGAAUUAAAGUCGAAGAAUAAAAAAGGCAGAAUGC